GGGACAGUGGCCUCUGGGAGGGGAAGAUGCUGGAGGGCUUCUCAGAGGAGGUGAUCCCAGAGUUGGGCUUUGAAGGAUGAGCAUGUUGUUCCAGGUGGAGAAGCAGGUGCUCCUGGCAGAAGGACCUACUGCCUGGGCGGGGCCUUCAAUAGGAGCAGGUACCAAGGCAAUGCAAGGAGGCAAUCAGCAUUUGCUUUCAGUUUUCUGUUCCCCUGUACCUUGGACCCAGGUGUGUCUGGUGUUUGUGCAGACACAGCCUCAGAGUGGUUCUGCACAGCUAACAGCAAGUGGAUCUUGUUCCACUCAACCUGAGGGAGAGUCUUGGACAGAUGUAAUGGUACCUACAGCCUUCAAGGAGCCUCUGGUGCAGGAAGCAAAGUGCCUGGCAGCAGGGUACAGACUGGUGAGCUGAAGGGGAAACUCUGAGAUCCCACUGCUGACACCAUGACCUCAGAAGCUGAUGAGAUCUUCCCAGAGGGCAAAGACUUUGUUGAUGCCAUUGAGUAUUUAAUGGACCCAAAGGACAAAGAGAAACUGCAUUGCCUGCUCAGUGAUGAAUCCUGGGAGAAAUUUGUGGCUGCGGCCAAUGUGUCCAGGGAUGAAGCAGAUGCGCUCUAUGCAGACUUGCACCAACUGGAAGCACUCAUGGCCGAGGAGGACGAAGACAUGCCCUCAGCAGAGCAGCUGCAUGGGGAGAGCUUUAUGAAGGAGUUUCCUCAGGUGAAACAGGACCUUGAGGAACGCAUACGAAAGCUCUACGCACUUGCUGAUGAGGUUGACGAGGUGCACAGGGACUGCACCAUCACCCAAGUGGCGGCCUCUUCCGCGGGCGCUGUGUCUGGCAUCCUGACCAUCAUUGGCCUGUCUCUGGCACCUGUGACAGCAGGGGUUAGUCUGGUGCUUUCGGCAACUGGGAUAGGACUGGGAGCAGCAGCUGCUGUAACCGGUGUGACUGCCAGCAUCGUGGAAGCCUCAAAGGAUGCGUCAACUAAAGCCAAAGCCAGCCGCCUAUUGUCAACCGGCAGUGACACAGAGAAGCUGGUCGGGGAGGUUCUAAGUCGCAGCACACCCAAAAUUGUUUCCUUAGCAAGUAGGUGCAUCCAAUCCCUGCAAGGCAUUGUGAAGAAUGCCCGUGCCUUCAAGCUGGCCAAAGCCAAUCCUCGCUUAGCAGUCAAGGCCAUGCGCUUCUUGCGCACGGGGGCAGUCUCAGCCCGAAGCGGCAAGCAGGUGCAGAAAGCUUUUGGAGGCACUGCUCUGGCCCUGAGCAAAGGAGCCAGGGUCCUUGGUGCAGCCACGGCAGGUGUAUUCCUUCUCAUGGAUGUAGUGGAUCUAGUGAAAGAGUCAAUUCACUUACAUGAGGGCGCAAAGGCUGAGUCGGCGGAAGAGUUGAGGCAGCAGGCCCAGGAGCUGGAGAGGAGGAUGGAAGAACUCACCUGCAUUCACGAAAGUCUACAGGAGGAGGAGGGGGGGGGGCGGGAGACUUUAUUUUGA